ACAUGGACUACUUGAUGGACCGAUACGUCUUUGACAACUUGCCAUUUGAUGUGGGGCCGGAGUCUCGCAAAAUUUGGGGCCAACGGGCUCUACAUGCUAUUCAGUGGUUCGAUUGGAUUUGCAAGUACCAACCGGUCUCUACAAUAUACGAAAAUCAUACAUCGUUUUUAUUUGGUGAAAUCUUGUUCUUCCUUCUUGCCGGACUCACGUUUGCACAUGCCUGGCGAUCUGGAACACGAUUUGUACUUGUAUGGUUUGGAAUUCUUGUCCAUGCACUCAACGUGGAAAACCUCUGCUACUGGAUUCCGGAUAUGGACAAUUUCUGGCAGGCCCAGGGAAUUCUGACUUUCUUCGGUGCCCGCGCUCCUCUCUACAUCCUCAUCGGUAUCUACCAUAUGUUCGACUACACUUCGUUUGUUCUUAUGAGCAGACUUCAUCUGCCAUGGUGGGCGUACGGCCCAGCAGUAGGUCUUGGAGCAGUAAUGCUUGACAUGCCAUACGAUAUCAUGGGAAUCAAACUUGUCUGGUGGACGUGGCACGAUACCGAUCCAAACAUUUUCGAUAGAAUGAACUGGGUACCUUGGAACUCGUAUUACUUCCACGCAUCGUUUGCUUGCUCGUUCACUUGGAUUCUUAUGUAUUCUCGAUAUAAGCUAGUUGACAAAGAGUAUGAUUGGAGAAAGCUUCCGAGAGAAAUCCUUUGCAUCGUGUUUGCUGGAAUGGGAGCUUUUUGGCUGGGAACCAUCCAAUUUGCUCUUCUUUACCACCCACUUCAUGACAUUUUCAAGGUUCAUUCCGAGUACACAACAAUUGCAUUUCUCUCCAUCUAUGCAUUGAUAGUUAUUUUCGCGGAUCGCAGGAACAAAAAUGAAAAUUCUCGUGUUGGAAACAAGUAUUGGUUUGAUGAACUUGCGGCGGCAAUUGCCAUUGAGUACCUUUUCUUCAUGAUUGCCGUUUUGAUAUCUGAUCCAGUUAGUAUUGUCAGUGAUGGACUCCAUCAACCAAUUGGACCUUGCAAUGAAACUCAGAAGGUUCAAACUCCGACUGGUCUUGUGCUUCAAAAGCAGAAGUAUUUCUGUACAGACAACUACGAUGAGAAGUACAUCGAUUUCCAUUGUGUGCCAGGAGGACCACCGCAACAGCCAGAACCAGGUGUGCCGUUGGAAUGGUACGCGGUGUGUGGAACAGACUACGAGAACAGAGCAGAAUACGUUUUCAUCAUUUGGUUCAUCUGCAUUCUCUACAGCUGUAUUUGGUAUCAAAUCGCAGCUUGUUCUGGCGUCACUCCAAAAGAUCCAGUUAAGCAACUCAAGAAACGUGUCUCCAGCCAAAAAAAUACUGAAUCUAAAAAGACCAAGUAAUGAAUCAAAUUUUUAAUUUUCUACUUAUGUGUAUUUCAAAUGAACUUGUCAUAUUUUCAU